AUGCCGUCAACUCCUCAAGCCAGCAAGAUUCCUCGGCCUGGGACACUUUCACCCCGGGCCAGUCAAGGGAACAAAACCCCAGAUGGAAGCCCAGAACACAACCCUCACCCUGCGCCUGCUCCUGCGCCUGCUCCUGUGCCUGGGGAGUAUCCACUUGUAUCCCACUUGACAAAGGGACUCGAAGAUUGUGACUGGAGUCAGCUUCAAGACAAAUAUGACGAUGCAAUGGAACAACAUGGCCGAGUCGAGGAAAAUUUGCGUAUGGAAACUGCAAGGCUUAUGGAGGUCUUUAUGGCCUGGUCCCAGACCACAGUUGCGCAGGAUGAGAACAGAGCCUUGAAAAGGUUCAAAACCCAGAUGCAACAUGUCCAAAAUUCCGAAGUCAACGUGGACAAAAAAAAGCAGCAUUACGCGGAGGUAGUAAAGGCAUUCCAAACUGCCCUGGCGUUGCUCAACGAUCAGAUGAAGAUCAGAUGA